AAGAAAUUCGGUUUGAAAAAGCUGGAGAAUUAGGGAUCCAAGAAGAAGGAGAAAAAGAAUCCAUUUUCUUUGUGUGGUCGUUGACAGGGAGAAGAAGAAGAAAGGACAAAAGUUCGGCCCUGCUGCUUCGCCGGUGAACGGCGGAGGAAGAAGUAACAAGACCCUCACCGUCUUGGACAAAGGGGGAAGAAAUCAAGAAAGCAGUUCAGGGAGAGACGGGAAACAUAAUUGUUAUCUGUUCGCCAUUUUCGAAACCCCUCUCUCUCUCUCUCUCACGCACCCGCCCCAAUUUGCUUUUCCUGGUUUUUUUAUGAAUUUCUUCCAUGGAUCCUUCGCCCUAGCAUCGGUUCUUCCCCCUUUUCAACUUCCCGUACGCGGAAUUUCGUGGGUUCCCAGGAAUUUGUCUCUCCCCCAGAUUCAAUCUCUUUCUCUCCCCGCCCGCCCACCCACCAUGUACUUGAACCAAUCGGAUUCAUGAAUCUCGCCCCCUUUGCUUCUUUGUUUAAUCCUCGUGUCCCUAGAUCUUGAGUCUCAGAAGUUCAUUUGCCUCUUUCCCCUCAUUUGAAGGGUUGGAUUUGGAUUUGACGGUUUGGGGCAGUGUUUUUCGUUUGGGUGGAAGGAAGGACGGAAGGAAAGAAGGGGAGGAUGGAGAUGUCGUUCAAGGGUGUGGUGAGGGAGAUAAGGGACACCAUGGGCAUCAGAUCGAAGGGGAGGGCUAACGGUAAAGGGAUGAACCAUCACCGCCGGGGGAGAGCCCACAUUGCGCCGGAAGGUGGGUUGGAGGUGCCUCCUCAAUUGGGUAGCUGCGGCGGCGGCGGCGGUGACGGUUGCGGCAGCGAACAACAUGGUUUGUGGGCUACUUUGCCUCCGGAACUGCUGAGGGACAUAAUCCAGCGGAUUGAGACAAGAGGGACUACAUGGCCGGCCCGGCGAGACGUGGUGGCUUGCGCCGCGGUUUGCCGGUCUUGGCGUGAGAUCACUAAAGAGAUCGUCAAGACCCCUGAAGAAUGUUGUUGUCUUACUUUCCCCAUCUCCCUAAAGCAGCCUGGGCCUAGAGAUGUUCCUAUUCAAUGCUUUAUCAAGAGGCAAAGAGCUACUUCAACCUUUCAAUUGUACCUUGGCUUGAGCCCUGCUUUGUCUGGUGACAUGAGCAAAUUGUUGUUGGCUGCUAAGAAGGUUAGGAAGGCAACGAGCACUGAAUUCAGAAUAUCCUUUGUGGGGACUGAUUUCUCUCAAGCGAGCAGAACAUUUGUUGGAAAGCUGAGGUCUAAUUUUUUGGGGACCAAGUUCUCGAUUCAUGACAACCAACCUCCCAGUCCGGAACUGCAGUCCAUUUGUAUGCCACGUCGGAAGAUCAACUCAGUUCAGGUGCCUUCUUCAUGCCCAAGAGGGUAUGGAGUGGACACCGUAGUUUACGAGCUCAACGUCCUGCGAACUAGGGGACCGAGGAGGAUGCGGUGCACUAUGCAGAUGAUUCCAAUCUCAUCUGUCCUUGAAGGCGGGACUGCUCCUACCCCAACUGAGCUGAAAAAUUUCUGCACCGAGCAGCCAUCUCCAUCUCCUAGCACAACAGGGAAGAAGACUGCCAUUGUGGACUUGAGCUCAAGCAGCAGCCUUUCGGAUUCCUUGGUUGCUGCUGAGUCUGUGUGCAGAGAUCCUUUGGUUUUAAAGAACAAAGCUCCGAGGUGGCAUGAGCAGCUGCAGUGUUGGUGUUUGAACUUCAAGGGGCGAGUAACUGUGGCCUCGGUGAAGAACUUCCAGCUGGUUGCACAUGCUGAGCCUUCUGUGAAUCUGUCCCCAGAGGAACAAGAGAAAGUGAUUCUCCAGUUUGGCAAGAUUGGUAAAGAUAUAUUCACCAUGGAUUACCGUUAUCCGCUCUCUGCCUUCCAAGCUUUCGCUAUCUGUCUUAGUAGCUUCGACACUAAACCUGCUUGUGAAUGAUAUGAGAUGUAAUGGCGUUUUUGUUUUCCUUCAUCUGUUUACUAAUGUUGUUGUGCAAUAACAAUGCUUGUUGUAGCUUUUGAUAAAAUUUUGGUUGUAUAUACUCGUUUCUUCAAAAGAAAGCGUCUUUAUGUAGUUAUAUCAUCUCACUUUUUACAUAAAACAUCAUUAACAUGUAGUUUCCCCUGUUGAGGAAACAUUACAUGGCUUUUCUGGAUGAACUCUGCAUCCUUAUUUCUCCCCCUGCCAAAUAACGGUAGUUUACUGAGGCACCACUCUAGAGAACUCCAAUGUCUCUUUCUUUGCUGGUUUGACCACAGCCAUAAGCUCGACAGCCAUGUUUCCUCGGUUUAUCUGGAUUAUCUGGUUCAGAAUCACUCGUUUCCAUGAACAAUCCUCUUAAGCACCUUCUUCUCAGUCGAGGCUCGUAGGUAAGCUUCUCAGAUGGUGUAAGAUUGAACUCUGCUCUAUGUGUCCGAGGCUCUUCGUCAAUGGCUGAUCUGCUGAGUUCUGGCUGAUCACUAUGAGACAGAGAAAAGUGAACUCCGGGAUUGCUUUCGUUAACCAUGCUAUCGAGCAAGAUCGAAUUGUUGAUGCUCUGUGUGUUGCUGUUGAUGUAUGCCAUUGGCGAUGGCUGCUCAUCUUCCAUACCCGGGUUUUUCGAAUCCUUCAUCUUCUGGAAUCCUUCGCCAUCGGUGGUGGAUUCUAUGCUGUCGUCUGGAUUCGUCUUGUACCCACGAUGAAUGUGAAGGGAGCCUUCUUUCCUCUCUGGAUCAGCUCCAAAAAGCAUGGUGGCUCCCCUGUUUUCUCCGGACAGAGUGACGACGCUGACAGGUUGUUGUUCGCCACCUAUUGGAUGCUUGAUGUGUCCCAUGCCAAGCUUCUGGACGAGCUUCGAGAUAUCCUCCUUGAUCUCUUUGUGCAGCGGAACUUGCUCUCCUCCUCCAUUGGCGGUUGCAGUCUUCCUGAUCCUAGAUUGAUUAGAACUUACUCCUUUGACCUUCUCUUCACUCUGCGUGAAGCCUGUCGCCGGUUUCUUUCUUUCUCGAAUCUCUUGUUUCUCUUCCUGAUCUUCUUGGUUGACGGGACCUCUGGAAUGUGUUGCAUUUGCAGCAGAGGAAAGAAACGCGGCGACUCUGUUUCUCAGGUUGUUGUCUUCUGCAGCAGGGGCAGCCUUCAUCUUUUGUCCUUCCGUUCUGAUUUCUUGUUGACGUUCCUCUGAUGCUCUGGAGAACGGGGAGAAACGAGCUGGACCUUUAAUGGCGGCUUCUGAAGUUGCUUUCUUUUGAUGCUCUGUUUCCUGAUCCUCUGUUUUUUUUGGAGCAGCGAUUUCCUCCCUUGAUUGAGGCUUCGAUGCUUCACCAGCUAUGGGUAAUUGGGGUUUCUUCUGGGGAGAAGCAGAUGUUGGAGGUGUGAUUGAUGGCUGAAUUCCGGUAGCAGGAACCCGACGAGACGGACUUGGCGGUUGAGAAGCAGUCCGUGCUGCCGGAGCUGGUUCUGGCAGCUGCGUCCUGGUCUCAGUUCGUGAUGGAGACGGAGGAACAGAUGCAGCUCUCGACUGCGGAGCUCCACGGGACGGCGAGGGGGGAAGCGAGGCAACCUUGGAUUCUGCUGCUGCUGAACGGUAAGGCGACGUCGGGACGGAGCUACCUCGUUGCUGUGUCAUGACAGGGGAUGCCGGCUGGGAUUCGGUGGUCACCGGACGUGGAGGCGAAGGCCGCUGUGCAGCUGGAGCUUGUGCCGCUGUUGGAGGAGCAAUUCCGGCUGGCCGGAAUGGUGGACGUUGGGUGGAAAUGGUGGCAGUAGGUUGUGGUGGGGCUCGAAUCUCGACCGGCGUCGGACGUGGAGCUUCUGGUUCGGGGACAGGACGGGGUGGGGUGGUGACACGAGGUGGAGUCGUGGCGGCGGACAGCCAAGGAAGGCGGAAACGGAAUUGCCUCUGUUCUGCCAUUGAUGAAGGAAAUGAAGGACAAGAAAGAACAGAGUGAGAGGAAUAAAGAGAGCUAGUAUUGGUUAUUUUUGGUUUCCAGAAUUGUUGGGU